AUGGUGGCUGUGGAGGGGAGGCAAGGACAUAGCCCAGACGGGGGUGUUUUCUCUUGGCAGAUUCGGUACCAGCGAGUGUUCCAGAUGAUCUUUGUGGUGGGGAUUGGAGGGACCUUCCUGAUCGGCUUCCAGAUCUCCGUGAUCACCUAUCCCUCUCAGUACAUCAAGACAUUUAUCAACCAGACGUGGGUCAAGCGGUAUGGUUCUGCCCUUCACCACGAAACACUCACCUUCCUGUGGUCUGCAGUCGUCUCCAUUUUCUGCCUGGGUGGAAUCCUGGGCAACCUGUCCAGUGGGCAUGUAACCACCCAAUAUGGAAAAAAGAAAACGCUGCUGUGCACCGACAUUGUCACCAUUGCCGCCGCCCUCCUCGUCGGCUUCAGUAAGACGGCCGGCUCUUUCGAAAUGAUCCUGAUAAGCCGCUUCCUCUAUGGCUUCAGUGCAGGUAUUUCCCUGAACACCAACGGACCAUACGUUGGAGAAAUUGCACCCAAGAAAUUCAGAGGUUUUGCCACUGCCACCUGCUCUGUGUUUUUUUCGCUUGGAAAAGCUUUUGGACAAAUUAUGGGCUUAAGAGAUCUCUUUGGCAUAGAGUCGCUGUGGCCUCUGCUCCUGGCUCUGUGUGGGAUCCCAGCCCUGCUGCAGCUGCUGCUCCUGCCCUUCUUCCCCGAGUCGCCUCCAUACCUGCUGCUCCAGAAGGGAGACAAAGAUGGUUGCUUGAAAGCCAUGAAGUACCUUUGGGGCGAAGGGCAGCACCAAGCUGAGUUGGAGGACAUGGUGAAGCAGAAGGAGGAUGCGAGAAGCUCCAAGAAUCUGAGCGUCCUGGAAGUGAUGAGCGAGAAGUCCUUGCGGUGGCCGUUGGGCCUCAGUGUCCUGCUGAUCUUCUCCCUGAACCUCUCUGGCUUGAGUGCCAUCUACUUCUACGCCUUCGAAGUUUUCCGCACAGCCAAAAUUGAGGAAAGCCUCAUACCUUACGUAGCAGUCGGCGUGGGCAGCUGCGAAUUUGUUGGUACGAUCCUAUGCAGCUGCCUUGUUGACCGAUUUGGCCGGAGGGUUCUCCUGUGGGGCGGCUUUGCAAUGAUGGGGCUGGUGAUGGUGCUCCUCGUCCUGGCCCUCUCUUUCCAGGGCCAGUUCCCCUGGAUUUCCUUUGGCAGCAUCGGCCUCAUAUUCUUGUUCACCCUCUCCUAUGGUCUUGGCCCAUCUGGUGCUAUCUUUGCGGUUAUAAUGGAGAUUUUUGGCCAGUCAGUAAGGCCAUCGGCAUUGACCAUCGUGGGAAUGGUCAGCUGGGUGGGCCUCUUCGUGGUCGGGAUGACGUUUCCAUUUCUUGUGGAGGUCCUCGGCCACUUCUGCUUCCUCCUCUUCUUCGUUGUGCUCCUCGUGGUGGGAAGCUUCAUCUACAGGUACCUGCCAGAGACAAAGGGAAGGUCUAUCAGCGAGAUCACUGAAGAAUUCAGAAGGAUGCGUCUGGGGAAGAGAAUGGCUUUCACCGCUCGGGGAAAGAUUGCCUCCGCCGACCACAGUUUUUGUACCAAGUUGUGAUUGAUCGGGGAGGGCAAAGGGAAGAUGGCAGCUGAUGUUUGGAUGAAGUGGCCAACAGGAGGGGGAGAGUCAACUCUUAGCAGGCUGGUGUUUCCAAAUGCCAGUUGAAUCAGCUGCUGGGCGGAAGGUGAACCAGGCCUUGAGAGGGAACAGAAGGCUCCCUUCUCCGGCUGUGCUUCCGAAGACUCUUCUGAAGCUAGCAUUUGCACUGGGAAAGGGGGAUUCUCCCAUUGGUGCCCCCCCCCUUGAAAAGAAAAGAAAAAAGAAAGCAAAUGCCAGCUUCGGGAAAUGAAUUCUUCUCAAAACUAAGCCUAUCCAUUUGUUUAGGCAAGGUUAUUCCGACACAUUGAUGUUGACAUGUUUUAAUCUCUAGUUUUCUGUUAUUUUUUUAAUUAUCUUUCAAUGUUUUCCAGUGUUUUCAACUGUUUUUAAUGAUCGUUUUAAUAUUUAUUGUAAACGGCUUAGAGGUUUUUGCUACAAUCGUGCGGUGUAUAAAUUUUGUUGAAAUGAAUAAGUAAACAAAUCAAAGCGGGGGGGGGGGU